AUGGCUUCUGCGACAGGAAUACCACCAAAUGCCACUGCGGCGCGCGGCCAGAGUGAAGAGGAACCGCUCCUAGGCAGAAGAGGAGAUGCCAGCCAGGUGGAGGGACAGCCUCUCUACCACAACCUGUGGAUUGGCACUGCUCCCAUUGCGCAGGUAGGAAUAUGGAUCCUCGCAGCCAUAGUCUGGGGAGCAAUUCUCUCCCAUAAGCUCAUCUUCUUCUCCUGGCAUCCCGCCGGCUUCCUCCUCGCCAUCCAAGCAGCCCUCAUCCUGCAACCGACGCAUACCCCCGAACAAAAGCGCUCCGGCACCAUUGCCCACUUCCUCUUCCACGUCGUGGGCGCCUCGGCCCUUACGGCCGGCCUUAUCAUCAUCGAGAUUAACAAGGCGGGUCCCGGUCACGAACACUUUGCUUCUGCGCACGCGCGUCUGGGUCUCGCGUUUUACGUGUUGGUGUAUAUUCAGGCUAUUGUGGGCUUUACGCAGUAUUAUGUGCCGCAGUUGUAUGGUAGUGUGGACAAGGCGAAGAGCAUCUACAAGUAUCAUCGGAUGGGCGGUUAUAUUAUUGCGACACUUGGCUUGGCUACUAUCUGCGCGUCGUCGUGGACUACGUAUAGUUUGUAUGUGGCGCAUAUUCAGCAUUGGGCGGUUAUCGUCGCUAGUGUGUUGGUGCUGGUAGGUGUUGUGCCGAGGAUUCGGUUGAGCAAGUUUGGGAUUGGAAGGGCUUGAGGGGUUGUGGGAUUGGAGUGUGGUGUGAGAGGACGAGUGGAUGACGGAAGAAGGGUGGGUAAAAUAGGAUAGGGCAAUUGCGUGGGGGGCUUUUUGUAGAUGGCAUUCCGCUCUUAUGGCGUUUGUGAUGUUGAUACAGUAAUGACAGACAUGUUUUGACGC